AUGGCGGACGCAUUAAAAGCUGCUGGCAAUAAAGCCAUUGCAGAGAAGAAUUUCGACGAGGCUGUCGAAAAAUUCACCGAAGCCAUUGCUAUCGAACCAGAAAACCACAUCCUAUACUCUAAUAGAUCGGCUGCAUAUGCUUCAAAACGAGACUUUGAAAACUCCUUAAAGGAUGCUGAAAAGUGUACGAGUAUUAAACCUGACUGGGCCAAGGGAUGGGGCAGAGUCGGUACUGCUAAGCAAAGUUUGGGAGAUCUUUUGGGGGCGCAUGAUGCUUACGAAGAGGCUUUGAAGCUUGAUGCAAAUUAUGCCGUUGCUACCAAGGGUUUGGCACAAGUCAAGAAAUCUAUUGAUGCAGAGGCUAAAGCAGAUGGCGUAAAGGGUGAUCCAACAGAAGGAUUAGGAAAUAUGUUCAGUGAUCCUCAACUCAUCACUAAAUUAGCAGCAAACCCCAAGACCGCCAAAUUCCUUUCAGACCCAACCUUCAUGUCAAAACUUCAACAAAUCAAGUCCAACCCAGGCAAUACUCAAGAUCUCUUCUCAGAUCCACGUAUGAUUCAAGUCUUGGGUGUCCUGAUGGGUGUCGACAUGUCUUUCGCCGAUUCGGGUGCUUUCGGUGGCGCUCCAGGUGCUGAGGGUGCUUCUGCGCCUAAGGAGGCUGAGGAGGAUAUCGCAAUGCCAGAUGUACGUCCAAGCUCGCAAGAACCACAAGCCAAGAAGGCCAAGACCGAGCCAGAACCGGAGCCAGAGGAUGAGGAGGCUGCCGAAAAGAAGAAGGCAAAGGCCGAGGCCGAUGAGGAAAAGAGACUUGGUACCGAACAGUACAAGAAGAAGAACUUUGAUGAGGCGAUUGCACAUUACAGCAAAGCUUGGGAAAUCUACAAGGAUAUCACGUAUCUUAAUAACCUUGGUGCUGCAUAUUUCGAGAAGGGAGAGUAUGAAGAGGCCAUUAAGGCAUGUGAGAAGGCUGUUGAAGAGGGACGAGAAAUUUACGCCGAUUUCAAGAUGAUCGCUAAAUCAUACGCCCGUAUCGGAACUUCCUAUGAGAAGAUGGGAGAUCUGCCAAAAGCCAUUGAGAACUACAACAAGUCGCUCACCGAACACCGUACCCCUGACGUCGUCAACAAGCUCCGUGCCGCAGAGAAGAACAAGAUUGAUAGUGCUAGAAAGGCUUAUAUCGACCCAGCAAAGGCUGAAGAGGCUCGUGAACUCGGAAACCAAAAGUUCAAGGAGUCAGAUUGGCCUGGAGCAGUCGAGGCUUAUAGUGAGAUGAUUAAGCGUGCUCCAGAGGAUCCAAGAGGUUACAGUAACCGUGCAGCUUCUUUCAUCAAGCUUCUUGAAUUCCCUUCUGCGUUGGAAGAUUGCGACAAGGCAAUCUCCAAGGAUUCUAAGUUUGUCAGAGCAUACAUCCGAAAAGCACAAGCAUACUUUGGCAUGAGAGAUUACUCCAAAUCGCUUGAUGCGUGUAACGAAGCUAGCGAGGCUGAUGUCUCAAAGGCCAAUGCUAGAGAAAUUGAACAGCAACAGCAGAAGGCUGUUACUGCCAUGUACAGUGCCAGAGAGAAUGAGACUGAGGAACAGACAAAGGAGAGACUUUCAAGAGACCCUGAGAUCCAAAGAAUCAUGGGCGAUCCAGUCAUGCAAAGCAUUCUCCAACAAGCUCAAAAUGACCCCGCCGCUCUUCAAGAACACAUGAAGAAUCCACAAAUCAGAUCCAAGAUCCAACAACUCAUCGCUGCCGGUGUCAUUCGUGUAGGAAGAUGA